UGCUCAACCACAUGUGGACGUGGCCACCAAAUACGUCUGGUGCGUUGUGCAAAUGAUGAACGCGAAACACUACGCGAGGAAGAUUGUGUUCCCGGAGAGAAGCCGGUGACACGACAAGCAUGCCAAGAGAUUCCGGAAUGUGAUAAGACCGUGUUCCUGAUUACCAAAGUGGUCAACCAAGGACCUGUCAAGUGGGUCACUAGAAACUGGGGAGAAGUAAGCCUUCUAACUUUACGAUGUUGUUAGGCAACAUAUCAUCUCAGAAAUAUUUCCAGCUUCGAAUUCCAUUUCCAGCUCAAAUCAUAUCUCCAGCUUCGAAUUCGAUUUCCAGCUCAAAUUCAAUUUCCAGGUCGAAUCAUAUCUCCAGUUUCAAAUUCCACUUCCAGUUCAAUCUCCAUAAAAGCAGCUAGUUUCACGGGUUUUCAUGCUCAGAAUUGACAGAACUAAACGCUUUAAUAUAAUCUUAUUAUAUUUCAGUGUCAGGUUCAAUGUGGCGAAGGGCGUGAACAACGAAAUAUCAGUUGCGUGAACUCUAAAGAAGUGGUGAUCAAUAAUGAAUUAUGUAGAAAUAUCACUAAACCUGCGACAGUCAGACACUGUGUGAAACACUGUGGCAAAUGGAAGUUUUCAAGCUGGUCUCAUGUGAGUACAAGCAGUAUUUUUUAUAAUUCAGCGAUUUAUUCAGACGUAAAUACACUCCAUAGCUAAACGUUUCCUCGUUGUGAACCGUUGGAAAGCGUUUCUAGAAAAUGUCAUUCAGUAUUUUCCAUUUUGCCACGACCUCUAUAUUUUUUAAACAAAUAAAGGUUUAUGAGGUACAGGUUUUUAUCUCCUUGCAUCUAUUUUUCCAGUGUUCAUCAGAAUGCGGUGAUGGUACUCAAGAAAGAAACAUCAGUUGCGUUGACUUCAAAGACAAUAUCAUCAAUGAUGACGUUUGUAGAACCAUUCCCGAACCUUCCUCUACACGAAAAUGUUUCAAAUAUUGUGGGAUUUGGAGACAUUCAGCGUGGACCGCUGUAAGUGGAAAAAGUUAAAAGUUGCUUUGUAAUGUGGAAAACACCACGACAUUAUGUUGCCAGACACCAAUAUCUUUCAUUCUGUUUAGUGUUCAUCGAAUUGUGGAAAGGGAACUCAAAGGCGACAAGUGAAAUGUUUUGAUAAAAAAUAUCGUUUGACAAGCGAGAAGACAUGUGAUCCUUUAUUACGGCCUGCCAACAUCAGACACUGUUCAAACUAUCUCUGUACGCCCGCGAGGAAACCGAAACCGACGAUGAGCGGACAUUGGAAAACUGGGUCCUGGGGUGAGGUAAGAAUAGAAAUUAGUAUUAAACCAAGACGGUUGUCUUGACUAACUUUAUUUCUACUGGAUAGUUCCAUCAGUUCUAAACUGUUCUCCCUAGAGAUCCAGUAAGAAUCAUCUCUUAUUGAUCCAGUGUUACUACAGGAGGAAACCUAAACUAAACUAACUUUACUUAUACUGGAUAGCUCUAUCAGUUCUACACUGUUCUCCCUAGAGGUCCAGUAAGGAUCAUCUCUUAUUAAUCCAGUGUUACUACAGGAGGAAACCUAAACUAAACUAACUUUAUUUAUGCUGGAUAGUUCUAUCAGUUCUAAACUGUUCUUCUUAGAGGCCCAGUAAGGAUCAUCUCUUAUUGAUCCAGUGUUACUACAGGAGGAAACCUAAACUAAACUAACUUUAUUUAUACUGGAUAACUCUAUCAGUUCUACACUGUUCUCCCUAGAGGUCCAGUAAGGAUCAUCUCUUAUUGAUCCAGUGUUACUGCAGGAGGAAACCUAAACUAAACUAACUUUAUUUAUUCUGGAUAACUCUAUCUGUUCUAAACUGUUCUUCCUAGAGGUCCAGUAAGGAUCAUCUCUUAUUAUUAAUCCAGUGUUACUACAGGAGGAAAUAUAAUCUAAACCACUCUCGUUUAUUUGUGCGACUCUCUAGUGUUCAAGGAGUUGUGGACGCGGCUAUAAACGUCGUACAGUUCUUUGUUAUGAUGGAACAUCAGGCAGACGAUAUUCUGAUGAAAAUUGUGGCAGUGAGAGGAAACCACAAUCAGUUGCACAUUGUAAUUUAGGAACAUGUCCGUACUGGCGAGUGGACAGAUGGAGUGAGGUGAGAAAAAUUAAUUCCAAUCUUUUGUCAGGACCAAUUCUUUUAGUGGUGAUCGUUUUAAUUGAAUUACACACGUAAAAACGCACAAGUUCUAACGCACCAGACUUGUAGCAAUGUUGUUCCAACAACUUGUCAACAGGAUGUGUUCGCACUGCUUGUUCCCAGCUUGUUGACAACUUGCUACAAAGUUGUUGAGCUCAACAGACUUGUUACAAGUUGUUCCAACAACUUAUCGUCCUGCAAUUCAACAAGUUGUGAGUGACAACUUGUAGCAACGUGAUAAAAUAACAGCAUUGUCACAACUUGUUGACAAGCUUGCUACAAACCUGUUGCGAACACAUCUUGUUGACAAGUUGUGAGAAUUUCACAAUUUAACAUAUCUCUUUAUUUCCUCAGUGCUCAAAGACAUGUGGCGUUGGCUACAGACGGCGAGGUGUGAGCUGCGUGUCUGUUAUUUCAAAGAUAAAGGAUGCUACAAAGAUAUCUUGUAAUAGAAGAAUUAAACCGUCCUCCAUUUUGAAAUGUAACAUGAAGGAAUGUCCAGCGUGGAGAACUACACAAUGGACCAAGGUACAAUACUUGAUUAUAUUGAUGGACGUGGAAACGUGAGAACGCCCUGCACGCGUAAAAACGCACAAGUUGUAACAAACCUACAGCAGACUUGUAGCAAUGUUGUUCCAACAACUUGUCAACAGGAUGUGUUCGCACUGCUUGUUCCCAGCUUGUUGACAACUUGCUACAAGAUUGUUGAGCUCAACAGACUUUUACAAAUUGUUCCAACAACUUGUUAUAGUUCUGCAAUUCAACAAUUUGUUAACAAGUUGUGAGUGACAAUUAACUUUGUAGCAACUUGUUAAAAUAACAGCAUUGUUACAACUUGUUGACAACUUGCUACAAGGUUGUUGAGCUCAACAGACUUUUUACAAGUUGUUCCAACAUCUUGUUAUCAUCCUGCAAUUCAACAAUUUGUCAACAAGUUGUGAGUGACAACCUUGUAGCAACUUGAUAAAACAGCAGCAUUGUUACAACUUGUUGACAAGCUUGCUACAGUACGAGCCUUUUGCGAACACAUCUUGUUGACAAGUUGUGAGAUUUUUGCGUGUGUACAUGUCACUUUAAAAUUAUAUUCUUUAUUUAUUUUCAGUGCUCCAAAACAUGUGGUCUUGGGACAGUAUCUCGAAGAGCCUAUUGUUCCAAUAGCACUCGUGUUCUGUCUGAUAGCAACUGCAACAGGAAAUUAAGACCUUCAGAAAUGAAGUCUUGUUACGCGAAGAGUUGUCCUCCUACUGUACGCUGGGCUAAAGGAAAAUGGAAUCCG